ACUGGAUAGUCCCCCCUAUUUGUGGGGUUCCUCAAACCCACGCCACCGAGUUUCCACGUGUCAAUCAUCACCUGUGCGUGGCAACGUUGUCUCCCACCAUGGCGGCUCGUCAGCUGGGUUCGCUCUCCAGCCUCGAUGCGCCUCCACUCGCACGCACUGCGCUCGUCCUGCCGCUGUCUCUCCGCGCCUCUCGCUGGCAAUGGCACAGGCUCGCCCCACCCACGCACUCCCUGCUGCUUCGCACCACACACCCUUCGUGCUCCCGCCCUUCCAUGCAAAGCACGCACCGGCCAUGGCGUCGUCUCGUGCUGAUGGCGGCAGCGGGGGACACGGCAGUCUGCGGAAAGGAGCUGAGCAACGCACGGGGCGGCCGCGCCGGCGAAUGGUGAACGCGCUCACGGCCGGGUCGACGCAGGGCGCUCUCCGCGGUGGCAGGCAGCUGCGCAGCGAGGAGCGCGGAGUGGCCGCCAUGGCCCGCGCGGUGGUUGCCGCUGGCAGUGCUGCUGCGGCGCUGGUGCUGUUCGCACCGAGAGUGGCGCAGUGGGCGCGAGCAGCACGGCCGUCUCAUGCGCGGCUAACCCCUGCGCGCGCUCUGCAUGCCGCUGGCGGUACUGGCGGUACUGGCGGCAGCGACGGCGGCGGGCGAGGGAUCGCCACACGGAACAGCGGCGACGAGAGAUUGGCGGGGCGGCAGCAGGAAGGGGGGGAGCGAGAGCAGGGGACGAGGGCGCAGCAGGGGGAGGGGGCAGCAGCAGGGCAAGUUGCGGAGGCACUAGAGGGCGCGGGCAUGGAGGGUGGCGGAGGGGACGGGCCGGUGGCGGCUCCAGGCCCGAUGGAGAUGCUGGCGCGCGGGCUGGCAUGCAUCCAGGCGAACCUGGGCCCGUGGUCCGUGUCCGACCUCACCCUCGGCCUCGCCGUCAUGGCCAAGGUGACGGCAAAGCGCCCCCCUCCGCCGCCGCCCGGGGGGGUGGUAGCGCCUGCGGCGCUGGGCGUGGCGUACCUGGCGGAGGUGCAGCGGCUGAGGGCGCACGCCGAGGCCGUGUACUCGGGGGACAGCGCCGCCUGGUCGCUGCAGACGAAUCUGCCGGAGUCGGCCAUAGUGCACGCGCAGUGGCAUCCGCACAACCAGCGUGUGCGCCCAGCGUUUGUGGUGUGCGUGGACGCGCAGCUGGGCGCCGUGGUGGUGGCUGUCAGAGGCACCUCCGACACCGCCGACAUGCUCGUCAACGCCGGCACCUUUCCCCAUGACUUCCUGGGCGGCAAAGUGCACAGCGGCUUCCUGCAUGCCGCCACACACCUGCUCUAUGAGGCGCGUGAGCACAUAGAGCAUGCACUGCGCGCGUGGCACGACAUGCCGGUGCGACGCCUUGUGUUUGUGGGGCACAGCCUGGGCGCCGCGGUGGCGAUCCUGGCGGGCAUGAUGCUGCGCCAUGAGAACCAGCGCCUGCAACCGUGCACUCCAGCACCCGACGGCACCGCCCAUGGCCCACCAUCAAGUGUGCGCGCGCACACUGUGGGCGGUGACAGGAACUCCCAUGCUGCUGCCAUGCAUGGUGGCAGGCGAGGUGGCAGGGGGCGGAGGCGAGAGGGGCGGCAGCAGGAGACGGGGUGGGAGGAUGGGGAGUCAGAGGAGCUGCAGGAGGCAGCAGCUGAGGCGGUGGUGGGGGCGGGCAGGGGGUUGGAGGGUGUGGAGGUGCAGUGUGUGGGGUAUGGUCCACCUGCGUGCAUGACAUUGAACUUGGCGCGGCACUGCACCUCCUUUGUCACCUGUGUGCUGGUGCACCACGACUUAGUGCCUCGCUUUUCCCUGGCGAGUGUGGAGCUGCUGCGGCAGGCGAUCGGUGCGUUUGACUGGGACCGAGCGGAGGCGGUGCUGGGGUGGCAGGACAACGACUGGCAGCGCCUCAAGGCAGCGCGCGACCUGCUGGCGCGCCUCAAGGACCUGCAGAGCACAGCGGCGGAGGCGGCAGCCGCAGUGCAGGGCAGUGCUGUGUCAACGGCAGCAGCGGUGCAGCAGUCAGCGGCGGGCGUGGCAGUCUCAGUACAGCAGUCAGCUCUGCUGGGGGCUGCGGCGGGGGCGGCAGGAGCGGUUCAGAGCCAGGCCAUGGGAGCAGCAGCCGCGGUGCAGGGAGCAGCGGUGGCAGUGACUGGCGCGGCUGCUGGGCUGGGCAGCAAGGCGCAGGAGAUGCAGCACGUGGUGGCAGAGAGGGUCCCGGGGAUCGUGGCGGACGCCAUCCCACAGGGCGUGGUGGAACUGGUGGGGGGGGCGAGGGCAAACUGUGGGAAGGGGGAGGGCAAUGAAGGGCAGAUGGGCAGGAUGAUGAGUGGGAGGGAUGGGCAGCCAAGGGAUGCGCAAGGAAUGGAUGGGCAGGGAGCAGAGGCUGGGUUUGAGGAUGGGGCAGAAGAGGCUGAACGAGGUGGCAUGAAAGCAAGGGAGGAAGGCAGGAGCGGCGGGAAAGAGGAGGAACGGCAGGGAGAGGGACAGCGCGUGGAGGCGGAACACUUGGAGGGUGGCGAGGAGGCCGUUGGGUCCAGUAGCGCGAGGGGGGAAGGGGGUAUGAACAAGGCAGAGGAAGGCGGGAAGGAGGUUUCAGUGCGAGGGGAGAAUUGUGAGGUACAAAGUGAGAGGGGUGAAGGGAACGGCGAGAGAAGUGAGGUUACAGGAAGAGCAGGAAACUUCGAGAGUGGCGGCAGUGAAGGAAGAGGGGGUAAAAAUGAGGCGGUUGGGGCUGAACAGCAAGAGAGUGGUCGUGAGAAGCAGCAGCAAGAGGAGUUUGCACCUCCCCUUUACCCCCCUGGCCGUCUGCUGAUGCUGUGCUGCGACCCCCCUGGUUGUGGCCACCGCCCCACCACGCGCAAGGACGUGCAUGCACAGAGGCAGUUUGGCGUGUUCCCAUCGCACGACGAAGUGGCAGGCAGGCGCAUGCGGUGGCAGGUGGUGGAGGUGCAGCAGGAGGCGGUGCGUGAGAUUGUGGUGUCGCCGUGGUGCAUCAGCGACCACAUGCCAGGCACCAUGGGCGAGGGGCUCAACUGGAUCAUGGCCCACGUGGGGGGCGGCGACGACGGUAAGGUGGACAGCAGGAGGGACAGCGGCGGCGCACGAGAGUGGGAAGAGUAGCUAGCCAGCAACGGGAAAAGGGUGGGCAGGAGAAGAGUGUCUUUACGUAUGUCCUCACAGGAUAGUGAAACCUGUAGGCAGUAGUUGCAAACUACCAUACCAAUUGAGUGUGAAAUGUGUUGGGCUGACAAUAGCCCUAGGAUAUUUUCAGAAUGCUAAGUCCUUGUAAAAGAGUGCUUGAUAUAGCAC